AUGCCUGGAUACAAUCAUACCGGCCCCGUACCCUGUGAUGUCGAUUUCGACACCUCCAAUCUCAAAGGCAAGACUGCUAUUGUGACUGGUGGCGCCAAUGGUAUUGGUGAAGGUUAUGUCAGAGCUCUUGUCAAANNCAAAGCUGGUGUGAGCAUGUGUUUCGGCGACCUGGAUGUGGAAGGNGGAAAGAAACUUGAGACUGAAUUGACUNNGGGUAAAGAAGGAGCCAAGUUUGUCGAGUGCGACACCACGAGCUGGGAAGAUCAAGUCCGUCUUUUCGACACAGCGAAGGCUUUCUCUCCGACCAAAAAGAUCCACUAUGUCGUCGCUAAUGCAGGCAUAUCGAGAAAGGACGAAGUGUAUGAGUACAGUGGUGACAUCAAAUACCCUAAAUCCAUAUGUGUCUCACUGACUGACAACAACAACGCAGAAACCGGGCCUCAGAAACCAAACCUCCAGACCAUUGAUGUCAAUUUGAACGGUGUCCUUUACACCACCAAGCUAUGCCUUCACCACUUCAUCAAACAGAACGGGCAAACUCCUUCAGAGCAACAGGAAGACACUUGUUUGAUGUUGAUUGGGUCCGGUGCUGCAUUCUUGGAUGUGGCACGCACACCACAAUACGAAGCAACCAAGUGGGCGGUCAGAGGAAUCAUGCAUUCGCUAAGACGAACUGCACAAUUCUACGGUAGUCGUGUCAAUNNGUAUGUCAAGACCAAGAUUCUUUCGAAAGAAGCCUUUGAGCAUGUGAAGUCCAAAGAUGUCGAGUUCGCGACCGUGGAAGAUGCAGGCCAAUGCCUUCUGAGGAUCUUGAGUGACCCCGAAGUCAAUGGCGAUUCAUUCUUCUUAUCGGCGAGAAAGUGGGCUAGUAAGGGAUACAUUGAUUUCGAUCUCGAGGAUUACGAGGAUGAGUUGUUGAAGGAGAUCCAGAAGGAUCAACUCAUAAGUGCACCGCCGGAAGAUGGGUUGUUCUUGUAA